CCGUCGUUUCCGCUCCGGCGGUCGCCCACGUUCUUCGGCGCCACGCAACGCGAAAGGCAAAUCGGCCGCGCCACAAACACGACGACCAGCGAUGCAGCGAAAACACGGGGGAAUCCACUCAUCUGCCACCGUCGACUCACGUUCAGGGAGACCCCGGCAGCCGCAACGAAUUGGCCUCUGUGGAACGGGACCGGUCGUGACAGUCUGCCUCUCGGCGACACCGUGCGCAGAAAAUAAGGGGAUCUCCUGGUGACAGUGUGUGGUACAACGCGGCGGUUCAGUGCCACGUCGGGGCUUCGAAUGAGCGCCAAGUAGCAACACAACAGCAGCGAGGACGGCACCGCGCUUGUUUUUUUGCCGCAUACUCGACUGAAUCCGAAAACACUGCGGUGAGACGACUGCGUGGGUGCACGGUGGAGGCUCGCGUAGGUGCCGCGAACGCAACAGGUGGCGUCGUAUAGCGUGCGGCGAACGCAUCAGGCGUGCACCAGUUCGUGAAGGGAAGAUCUGCCGGUUAUAGUUUGUUGUGAUGUUCGUGCCUUUUUGUGACUGGAACGGCGACAAUACGGGAAUACCAAUAGCGCGAAAAAAACGACGAACACUUCCAUUGUUCUACGUUGAAUCGACCGUUUGUCCGCACGCCUGUUUACAGGUGUCCGACCUUUGUGGCAAUCAGUGAGCUAUGCGCCAUUGCGGUGCUACUUGAGGGAGUGACCGCUAGUCAAACAACAUCGUUUGUGCCUUCGCGAUACCUGAACUUCUGCCUUUGUUACUUGUAUCUUCUAAAGGAUUGCCACCAGCGCCAAGUUUGUGAUCAAGGAGCAGUGAACCACAUGACGGAAUUAUAAGCUUGUGACUGGACAAACGCUCCCUUGAAGAUUUUAUCCAAAGACGGGACCAUAAUGAAGACUCUGGGUUUUGUCUGCCUUUUCCUUUGGUUGGCCCUGGCUGAAGCUCGCUCAGCUGGCCCAAAGUGUCCUGGUGGUCACACUCAAAUUUACCCGUGCAAGUGCGCCAGAAGCGAGGACGUCGGACUUCACAUCGUGUGUGACGGCGUCAACUUAGCCAUGAUGUCUCGAGGAUUGGGUAAUAUAGAGCAUCCCAUAGCUAACCUCACUAUUACUGGAUCUUCAUUCAAAAGGUUGUUCGGUGACGUCUUCAGUGGAUUACAAGUAAUAAACCUAACUGUAGCUCAUGGAUCUCUUGCAUCGAUUGCCACGGGCGUUAUGGAUCACUUCAACGAGUCACUAAAGUUGCUCAGCUUUGAAGACAACAUACUGCCUGAGAUUCCCGUUGAGCUUAUAAACAAGUUCAGAAACCUGACGUCCCUAAACCUAGCGUAUAACAGAAUCGAGGUUAUACCUGCAAACGCAUUCGGGGCCCUGAACAUCCUAUUUGAAUUGCGUCUUGAUCACAACCUCAUUUUCAAAGUCCACCCAUCCGCAUUCACGGGACUGAAUCGGCUUGAAAGAUUGGAGUUGCAUCAUAACAGAAUGGAGAAGAUAGAACGAAACACUUUUCGAGUCGCUCGCAAAAUAAAAUACUUGGACUUAUCCCACAACAACUUCACAGCGUUCCAAAAGAUCGACUUUAACCAGCUGACAAACAUGUGGUUUUUAAACAUAUCUCAUAACCGAGUGAAGACUUUUCCGCGUGGUAUGUUCGUCGCCAACGCCAUCCUUCGUGUCAUCAACAUGUCGUACAACGAACUUUCUGAAAUCGAUGCUAACACUGUGAAAGGCGUUAGGUUUCUUCGAGACGUUUACUUCAGGGGGAACAAGAUCAAGAAAGUACACAAACAAGCGUUCGUGUCUUCUAGACAUCUUCGUACUCUCGAUUUGGCCUUCAACCAACUGGAAGACGUGGGGUAUGAGCAGUUCAAGGAUUUUCAGUGGCUUGAAAAACUUGACCUCAGCUACAAUAAGAUUUCUAAGAUUGCUAGCGCGGCCUUCUUGAAGAUGUACCAAGUUCACAUUGACCUCAGUCACAACAACAUAAGCUUCAUAGGAGACAUGGCCUUCCAGGAACUGUCAAACGUUAGCGUCUUUGAUAUGUCGCACAACAACAUUACUACAUUACCGAAAUAUGCGUUUUACUUGUCUGACGUCACGGUUCUUCUACUCAAUCACAACAAUAUAAGUGAUUUCAAUAGCGUACCUGUCGCUAAUAUAACCGGCAUAAAAGUGCUCAACGUGACCUUCAACAAGAUCAACGAACUUAACCGAAAGGCAUUUACGAAGAAAAGGUUGUACGAGCUGCACACCGUCGACUUUAGUUACAACAACAUCUCCGAAAUAUCCGGGUCAGUUUUCGAGAAAUUGGCUGGCGUGCGAUUCAUAAACCUCAGUCACAACGUGAUUAAAAAAAUCGGCUACAGCACUUUUGGGUCGAUUCCGACAUUGCUCGAACUGGACAUCAGCCACAACAACAUCAGUGACGUCAGCCACGGUGGUCUCUCGGCCAUGGUCAGCGUACGCCUGAUAAGGGCCAACGACAACAAGAUUAAGCGAAUGUUCAAUCUUCCCAUAGCGUUGAACGAACUUCACUUGCAGAACAACCGGCUCACACAUUUCGGCCCUGGAACAUUCAGGUCGAUGAAUUCCAUGUUAAGGCUUUACCUCGAUAGCAACAAUCUAACUCGGCUCGAAAGGGGGUCGUUCUCGAAUCUGCUAACACUGCAGACGCUCUCUCUCGGAAACAACAGCAUCGGCAGGGUACCAUGGGAAGCGCUAGAAGAUCUCAGCGCCCUUCAAUACUUGUAUCUCAAUGACAACCAGAUCAAAGCCCUCCCUAAGAAAGCGUUUGGACGCCUUCCUGUCGUGUUCGAGCUGAGACUUCAGAACAACCAGAUCAACAACGUAAGCGAGUACGCCUUUGAGGGUAUGCUCCAACUACUUCGCCUCAACAUGAGCUACAACAACAUCUCCUUCAUACCACCCGACGCUUUCAAGGGCCUCGUGUCCCUCCAUACCCUGGACCUUUCGCACAACUUGCUAAACAAACUCGAAAACAAAACCCACGGCCUCCUGGACGAUCUACUGUCUCUGACUUCCAUAAAUGUCUCUCACAACGAGGUUGCUUUCGUGACAGAAAAGACGUUUCCUCGAUCGCCUUACAUUCCGUACAAGUUGAAGCACGUUGAUCUCAGCCACAACUUCAUUUCGGUGCUGACGAACAGCUUCGACGAUGGCCUCGGGAAAGCGGAGUACCUCGACUUGCGCCACAAUCUGAUCAAUGAAGUAUACCCCAAUGUUCUUAGAAAUCUGACCAGCCUUAGACAUCUCGACAUGUCGUACAACGAUCUGAGGCACAUUGCCAACGGCGCUCUCACACUUCCGGAGAACGUUAGCUGGGCGGACUUCAGUCACAACAAGAUCUUCUCGAUUGACCUGCGGGACUUUCUGGCGUCUCAGCAGCUGCGACACCUAGACCUUCGGUUCAACAACGUGACUAUGUUUGAAGAGAUGUACAUGGCCCGAAUCAAGGAUGGUCUUCGUCUCUAUUACGAAGGAAACCCCUUAACCUGCGACUGCCACGUGAAGUACCUGCGCCAGUGGCUGAGUCACAACCCCCAGGCGACCGAGUGGAACAGCGUCGUCUGCCACUCUCCUCACCACUUGCACAAGCAGCCCCUCGUGGAGGUCAGCCCCGACCUCCUGGAUUGCCUCACCGACGAGGAGCGUGAACUAAAAGGAGACGACGACGGCUCCGCGGUAGACCUGAAGUUUAGAAUCGUAGAUUCUCCGUCCAAGAGGACCAUACGCUUUGCCUGGUACGUCGCCACGAAAGAGGACGUGUCCGGCUUCCGUGCUAUCUUGAGUGACGUGUUGACCAGCAGCCUCAUGAGUGAAACGGACAUUCCCUAUCGGUACAGGGAGUACACUAUCAACGGCCUCGAGUCGUCGGUGGAGUAUAGGCUGUGCUUAGUAGCGUUGGACUCCACCGGAGGAGCUCGCAGUCUUCCCAUGCGCCAGUGCAGGACAGUUACUCCGGUGGGGGCUGCGACGAGGACGGUCAGCUCGGCGCCCGUCUUGAUUGUUGUGCUUGCAGCACUUGCCACUGCAUUUGUGUCAGAGUUGCGGUUCUCGAGUAGCACAUGAGUGCAUGGACUUCAUGCAAAACUGACCGAGAGGCUUGUGCUUCACAUGUGCUACCUCCACAUAGUGCCACCUCCACAUGUGCCGUCGUGGGGUCGUGCCGUGCGAGUGAUUUUCAGCAUGUGAAGUGAGGAUCUCCUGUCCAAUUAUUGUAAUGAGUAGGGGUGACCACUGAAGCUGUAAGAGGGCCCCUAUGUCGUGUCGCAUUUUGGGUAUCAUUCGAUGCACAAAAUACACUACCAAUAUUACGGAAGAAUAAAAAGCAGAAAAGAUAUGAUAAAUCACAACGAAACAAAAAAGUGGUGUCUAUAGCAAAAAAAAAACAUAAGCAACAAAAAUAAUUUGCCCAAGAUAGUCGGCUAUCUCACUGUUCCCUCGUGAAAAUCACUUACAUUUAGUGAUGCUAAAUUCAUUUGAACUUAGUUAGACAAUGCCGUGGUUGUGGUCUUGUUUGUGUGCUGGUUCAUUUUUCACAUUCUCGUCAUCUGCACCACCAUUGUUAUGCUGUGUUCAUGUUACUGAGCAUUUACAUUGUGAAAGAGUUAUUGUCCUUGCGCACAUUAUGCUCAUCGUUUAGAGAAAGCUUUCACAUUGAAACACAUAUAUAUCAAUCAUGCCAGUCGGCACGAUAUGUGUACAAAUAGCGCAUGAGAUUUACUGUGGUUUAAGAACAGCUAGCCUAUGUAGAAUAAAUGUAUAUUUACUUUAGUUCAGAAUUUAUAUACCAAUACUAGUUGCUACUUGCGCGCUAAGUCUACCUACCACAGUAAUCGAGGCCGCCGUCUCUGCGAUCAAAUUUUGAAAUUUUACAUUCCUAUAUGAACUAUGCUGGUGAAAAAAAUGGACAAGUGCGAAUUGAUGCCACAGUCUCAUCAUCACAUGCGAGAAUGUUUUCAUGUUACUUGCACGAUUUACCUUUAUUUAUAUUACUAUCAGAUGCUGGCCUCAGUUCUCCUCAUCCACCCAUAAGUUGCUGAAACCAUCAUCAGGUAUGCUCUGAAUGCGAAUAAACAUACAUAAAAGAUACUAGUGCAGUGGUGAAUCACCAAUGCAUUUCAGUCUGUAUCGGCUGCCUGCCUAAUACCAGGCGUAGGUAAUAAACCCCUCGCACAAGGAUCCAAUUGCCAGAUUCGUGUUGUCUAUAUGACACGUAGCAACAUUUACAGUAACCAACUGGAGUCGUCUGUAAUUCUUGGAGAGAAUAUUCUAAAUACUUAACCUAUUUGCACUUUCUAAAAAAAAUCACUUAUUGCUUGAAGUCAGUGAAGAACUCAUCCCUUGUUCCGGGCAUCAAUUUAUAUGGUUCCGUUUUUAUUUGUUGUCCACAUUUUCAAGAAGUGUGCAGGGAUCUGUGUUGGUGAAGAGUCUACAAACCUGCGCACUACGUGCGUGAACAUAUAAAUGCUACCCUUUUUUACGGCACAGCUUUUUUUGCGCUGUGCCACAGUGAUUUGGUGCCACGGCAUACGUGUGCAACUUUUACUGCAUCCGUGAGGUGUCCAUGUUAAUAAACAUUUUAAAACAGCACU